GUGAGGGUUAGCGCGGGAAACCCAAAAUAUGGCGAUGCUUGUCUGAUGAGGGUACUACCUUACACCGCUCCAACUUUUCAUUACGCCUGGACUGAGAAAAUCGAGAAAUAUGAUUUGAGGUGUAUGAAUCUGAUUGCAAAUCUGUGGAAAUAAGAGCAAAACACAAAUAUUGUGGAUGUUGGAAAUCUGAGAUUAACAAGCCUAAACAGUGUUUCAAAAAGGAGAAACCAUUAAAAUUUCAAAGGCCAUCCAACCAAAGUUAUACAGAAAUGUCUUUGUGUAAGUCAGAGAUUGAGCACGUGCACAAGGUUCUCUCGUUAAUGCUGAAGAAUUUGGAGUGUCCAAUAUGCUUGGAAUUGAUGAAAGAACCAGUUUCAACAAAAUGUGAUCAUCAAUUCUGUCGGUUCUGUAUAUUGAAGCUUUUCAGUAAGAAAAGUACAAUACCGUGUCCAUUAUGUAAGAACAUAACUACCAAGAGGAGUCUGCAGGAAAGCACACGCUUUAAACAACUUACAGAAGGCAUUAUGAAAAUGAUCCAUGCCUUUCAAUUGGACACAGGUUAUGAGUUCUCCAUAGAUAACACACCAAAAAAGACUCCAAGUGAGAACAGUGCUUACAGAGACUUAUGGAAAGAUGACACCCAGGCUUGGGGCAACAAUACACCACAAAACGUUAUAGCUACGGGAAUCUCCAAAAAUCGCACUUUGAACGUGUGCUCUGACCCCCCUUUGACUGAAUUUGUAAGAAGAGUUUCCACAAGAAAUAAAAGGCAGAAAGUAGAGGGAACAACAGCCUAUGUUGGGAUUGAUUCAGAUUCUUCCGAGGAGCCUUUGUUCAAAACACAUAUUAAUAUAAAAUCAACAUUACGUUCAAGGACUGUGAACAUGAAUACUACUCCUCAAAAAGAGAAAAUUGAUCAGUGUGACAAUGAUGAGAAACUUUACCAAGGGAAAAAAUCAAAAUUAUCGAAACCAAUACUGGAGGAACUGUUUUCAUCAAAAAUAGAUGAUGUGUCAGAGAAUACUGAAAAUACAGAUGCAGGUGAUUAUUCCUGUGCAGCUGAAUCAGAAACAGAGCAAAAGCAAAUGACUGAGGAAAAAUCUGUAAGUAACUUCUGUAGCCCAGAGGCACCUGGCAAAGUCAUUGCAGUUGAGAACUCCUUACAACUUGCUGCAGAAUGGGUAAAUAAACAAAAUUGCCCUGCUGGGAACAAACUUUUCACUGACGGAACAAUGCCUUUGUCAGAAAAAAGUGUGCUCGAGAAAGAUGCUGAUCUGUUGGACAGUAAUGAAAAGUUGAAUCAGAAAGUUUCAAACCAAAUGGUUAAAGAUGAAACUGAUUUUCAGACAAGUGUAACUCAGUCUAAGAAUUCAUCAGUUCCAGAGGCAUCCAGGAGGAAAAGCCAGAGAAUCAUGAAAGUCAGUGAAUGGUUAUCCACCAUUAAUGUUGAUGAGGUGGCAACUCUUGCUGUCGAAUCUAAUCCAUGUGACCAGAACGUUGAGUCAGAUUCCUUAGCAGAAAGAGUGAGUCCUGCAUCUGAGGAAGGAACUUCCAGUGCAGAAGAUACUGAAAAUGUUAAAAAUGAUCAUCUUUCCUCUUUCAAACACACAAGAAUGCCAAAAACAGUUCCAACUGAUGUUAAAAACAAAGUCUUUGUGAAAACCUAUAAAAGAGACAAGCGAAAAAGUGUUCCAGUCAACUGGAGUUUUAAUUCUGACAGUAAGAAUGAUGAUUUAACUCCUCACAGAGAAGGUGUCUUUAUCGGUUGCAAUAAAACUCAAAAAACAAAAAGAAAAAGCAAUAGACUAAACCCUGAAGACUUUAUAAAGAGGGCUGUAAAUGAUGAAAAUAACCAUGAUAGUGAUGUUCAGAAUGCAAGUAAUGAAAUUGACCCCAAAGAGAAUGUCCCUGAAUCUAAGGACAUCGAAACUGAGGCAAGUAAAGAAAUAUUAGAUGAGUCAUCUAAUAUCAAACAAAUUGACAAACUAGUUAUUACUACACCACCCAAGGUCGCAAUUAGUAAUGAUGUAGUAGUGGAAGAUGCUGAGCAAAAUGUGCAGCAGCUCAAGUUGGAGUUAUGUAAGACAGAUGGUGAGAGCAAGAAAAAAUUGAACAAAAGUUUGGGGAGAAAAGGAAAAAAGUCAUCAAUAAAUCAGACUAAAAAAAGAACUAAACCUUUGCAGCUGGUUAAUCACAUUGUAAGAACUGACAGAAGUCCGAGAAGCGACCCAAUUGUUUUGAAUGAGAACAAGAUUGAUAGUUUCCCAAGCAGUGAAGAAGUGAAGGUUGAACUAGAAACCAGGAUUACUAGAAGAAGCAACAGAUUGAAAUUACUGGAUGAAGAGUUGAUCAUGCAAGACAAAAACAAAGGGAAGAAAUCUAAAUUGACCAGGUCGCAUUCAAUCCUCUCACCUUGUACAAGCUGUGCCCCUUUUGCAGAGCCUAGUGAGAAAAAUACUGAUGUUGGAAUGGUGUGUGCAGAAAGUGAGAAUUUAUCAAAUCAGGAUAUUAUAGUUCAAGCUUGUAAGGACCAUGUACCAGAUGCUGACAAUUCACAGCAAGAGUAUGGAGCUUCUCAUGGAUCACUUGCAAAAUCUGUUGUACAAGAGUUUGAAGGCAGUGCUGUCCAUCAACAAUUAAAGGACUGCCACAAAGCAGCAGAAACUGAGGAUGCUGCAGUGUCAGCUGAACAUCCAUUAUGUUCUGAUCAUUCCUCAUUCAUUGCAGUAUCUGACAGACACUCAAAGGGUUCAAGUUCAGAAGCCAGCUUGUUACUACUUGCCCCUCAACCAGUUCAUGGGGAAAAACCUAGUGACCCACAAUUACAUUGCAGUUAUGUGGGUAAAGGUGAAGUGACUCCAUGUGGAAGUCAUUCCAGAGUAGGAACUAUAAUUGGUAAAGCAGACAGCAGAGAAGAUGUUUCUAUCAAACAACAGACAAGUUCAAAAGAGACAAAUGAAGACAGUGAAGUAGACACUGAACUACUUCUAAAGUCUUUCAGGUUAUCAAAACGAAGAUCAUUCAUUCUUAUGCCAGCCACAGAGUAUCAGGCUGCACAAAAUGCAUGUGCAACAGCUCCAGAUACCAAGAGUCUUGAUAAUAUAGCAGCUUCUAAUUCGGAGGAGAUCAAUACAGAAGGUACAGUAAUCAGAGACACUGAUGGAAGUGAUGCACCUCCGGAACUGGGGAAAGUUAAUUCGGAUAAAAUUGACUCUCCGAUUCGAGAUGCUAAGAUUGCCAAUGAUGAUAAAAGUGAACCUUGCACAUCUGAGUUAGACAACGUACAGCAACUAUCGAAUCGGGAGAAUUGCAAUUCUGUAGAAAUUGUGCCUCCAACUGCGUCAAAUGUUGGAUUGCCUCUUUCGCCUGUACUUCCACAGUAUGUCCAGGAGGUGGUGCCUCCAUCAAGGAGCAGAUUGAAGGGAAAAAGGAACACCAGGUUACUCAGACGAAAAGGAUCAAAUUGUAGUAGCUCACCAGUUACUACAGAGAAAGAAAUAGUUGAUUCUGAUAGAUCAAGCGAGGCCAAAGCUAAUGAGCACUUCAAUAGCAAUGCAAAAGACAAUUCAUGGUGUAUAAAAACCACAAUACAAGUCAAAAACAGAGGCCUAGAAGUAGCUGUCAGCCAGGAGGCUCAGCACAAUGUCUUAAGCACUAGACUUAAAUCCAGUGCCCAACCGGAGUCUGAAUUAUUGUUUUCAGCAAGAGAUCUGCUUGGGCAAGAAGCAAGUGAAAAAGAUAAUUGUCAAGAAAAUACUUUGGAAAAAUUGUCAAAAGAGAGAGAAUUUUAUAAAACUAGAAACAUACUUCACAAUGGUCCCUUAGCUGUCAAAAACACCACAGAAAACAAGUUGGAUAACUCGACUGAUGUUGCAAGAUGCCACUCUCUGCCAACAUUUAUGAACGCGGAACAAAGCACACCUGUCAAAAAUAAAACUAGUGAGAACAAAUGUCCACAGAAUUCACAGAUAUCUUCCAUAACUCCUGAUGGGCUGCUGGACGGUGCUAAAGGAAGCCGAAAUAACAUCAGUACAAAAAGUGUGGAUGAACUGGAUGAAAUGCAAAGUAAUUAUGAGUUGAGAGAGCGUGAAGAACAACUGAGACAGCAUGAAGUUGCAAAAGAGAAACCGAAUGAGAGGAGCUCAACACAAGAUCAACUUCGAGGCCGGAGGAAGCGACCAGUUAAACUAUCGACUUCCGAAUCUGAAACGAGUGAUGAAGAACUGCCGUGUUUUCAGAUCUUUGGAUUGAACAGAUCGCGAUCAAAUGCUCCAACUGCGUCAGAAAGCCCCUCAGUUACAGGAUGUCUGUCUUUAAAAGACUCACUCGUGCAAGCCUUUUCAUUGCCCAACAGCAGCACAGAAGUUAAAAAAACUGAUUAUACUGAAGCAAAUAAAUUGCAAGAAAAUGUAGGUAGCGAAGGCUGUCUCAAAAAUGAAUGCCUUUCCCCAAGCCAAGAAUCUGGAGAGUCUCCUGAUCUGUUCUCUUCUCAGUCUGAUGGUUCAUCCCUUGAUGCCAGUCCCCAACCAAAAAUGAGCAGUCAGACUCUGAAACAAAUAAAUGCUUUAAGUGCUGCUGAAUUGGAAAAUCGAGAAGAGAAACAUUACAGCACAGUUGAAGAAACAGUGGGAGCUCCAUGUCUGCAGCCACCGUGUUUGGGUAUGGAAAUUAAUGAAGGUCAGAACAUACCUGGUAAUGGUAGUGAAGCCAGCCAUACAGAUGACUCCUCUCCAGAGAGUGAGAUUCUAACCACACAGCAAAGACGUGCAAUACAAGAUAACAUCAAGAAACUUGAACGUGAAAUGGCUGUGCUUGAGGCAGUCCUGGAUGAACGUGGAAGCCAAGACUCUGAGCACAUGCUGUCAAUGAACCACUUCGAAGGCUGCCCAGAGUUAACUGAACACGAUGGGAAUGCAGUGAGUGCUGGCUUUCAUCAGGGGCACACAGAAAACUUGCAAAGCAGAUCAACAUGUCUUCCAGUUGCUGAAGCCCUAAAUACAAGUGUAACCUUUAUGCAUGAGGACAAAGAGGAGUCUGAAUGCCCAAAGUUGCUUGGGGGUUUGGAAUUUAAACAAAUACCAGAGAAACUUCAGGCAGUGAAUGACUUGCUGAACCAAUUCCAAGCUAAAGCUGGAUCUAAAGAUGAAAUGAUCGAUUCUCCAAAUGCAGCACAGAAGAAAGAGAAGACAAAGAUGCACGUAAACCCAAAUUGCGAAGAAGAAAGCCAACCUACAGAGAAUGUAGCUGGCAAUGCAAGUACAUUACAGCCUGAAAAUGAGAACACUAACAGAAAGACAACGUUACAAAGUUCCGAACAAAGUACAUCUUCACCAACUUCAUCUCCUGUUUUCAAUAAAACUUCAAACGCCAUCAAGAACUCACUUGUAACAGUUCAAAGUAAAAUGUCCUUAGUAGCCUCUGGGCUGAACAAAAAUGAAAAUGUGUUGGUUGAAAUGUUUGCAAGAAAAACAGGGGCCGCGUUUCACAGUACUUUUUCGUCCAGCACAACUCAUGUCAUCAUGAAAACAGAUACAGAUCUAGUUUGUGAGAGAACACUGAAGUACUUCAUGGGAAUAGCAGGGAGGCGAUGGGUCGUCAGUUAUCAAUGGAUCAUUGAAUGUUUCAGGAAAGGCAUGGUGAUUAAUGAGCAUGAGUUUGAAGUGAAGGGUGAUGUAAUCAAUGGAAGAAGUCACACUGGCCCAAGAAAAGCAAGAAAAACAGCGGAUGAUAAACUGCUGUUAAGCCAUUAUGAGGUUUGCUGCUUUGGUUCUUUUACAGGUAUGAGCAGAGAUCAGCUAGAGUGGAUGGUAGAGCUGUGUGGUGCCUCCAUAAUUAAGGAACCUUAUUUAUUCACGUACAGUCCUAAUCGUACUGCAGUGGUGGUUGUGCAACCUGAUGCUAAUCCAGAAAACACUGAUUAUCGAGCAAUCCAGAGACAGUACAGCAACUUUGUCGUUUCCCGAGAAUGGAUUUUGGACAGUGUAGCUUGCUAUCAGAACCAUCAACUGGAAGCCUAUCUGGUCUGCGUUCCACAUUGAAACUCCAGUACAAGCUGGAUAUUCUGAAAAUGUAUUUAAUAUUUAUGCAGAAUGUAAAUAACAGAAAACUGAGCUGGUCAUACUUUAUGAAAAGAUUGAGCAAAAUUCUAAUCAUAAAUAUGUUUGCAGCGAAACUGCAUUUUAAUUAUCUCGUUUGGUUUUUCUCAUCAGCCCAAUCUACUGGGUCCAAUGUUUCAGAAGUGGUCCAUUUUGCCCUGUUUAUUUUUGCAAGAUUCUCUGUGUGAACACUAUAUCCUGUUGUUGUAUGUGGGGCUGAUGAAAACAAACAAAACAAUUUUAAAUGGUAGCUGUAGACCUUCACCCUCUCACCAGCUGGUGCACGACAUUCUUAUGAUAAAAUUCAGCUUUGGAAGUAAUCGAAAAUACUGCCUAUUGACAGUGAUGGCAACACAAUAUAUAGGUCUCGCCAACACGCAAUAAUCCAAUCUACAAAGCUAAUAGUUAUUAUGCUGGCUUUUUUUUUAGUUACUGAUGCAAAACAAUUUUCCACUGAGUAAAUGUUUUGCUGACAGUUGUGGAUUUAAAAAAAAAUAAUUUUCAGCUUUGCUUAUCUUAGUUCACAUUAAACGCAGAACUAAUGUCUCCUGACUUUUGUCAUACUAAAAUCCAUCUUAGCUCAUUGGUAGCAUAUUAACCUGCAUCGGCAAUUCUGGGUUCGAGUGUGCGCUUAAGCACAAAACUUCAGGGUUGACACUAGUGCAUUGCUGAGGGAGUGCUGCAAUGUUGGUGUUGUCGUCAUUUGAAUGAAAUGUUGAACUAAGGCCCAUUUAUUUUGAAGAGGGGGCAAAUUGUCAACUUUUGUCAUGGCAAAUAUUUUUCCUCAAUCAGCAUCACAAAACAAAAUGUCUGGUAAUUCAGUUUGCUGUAAUAUCACUUUCCUACAUUGCAAUAAAUUCCCUGAAAUGUCCCAAGAGUGCAAAUGAGCCUACAAAAACCCGAGUCUGUCUGUAACUUCUCCAAUGUCUGUGAUAUAUAGUGUAGCCAUGCACUUCUUUCACUCUGAGAAUUCUGUAAUUAUUAUUCCUUAGUGCAUUCUGAACUAUUUUUCUGGAGUUGUAAGAGAAGAACAAAGCUGCUCAAUUAAGAAGCUACAGAUUUGUCUUUAAACAGAAGACUUUAUCUGAUGAAGGCAGUAGCUUUUUCUUUUAAAAAAAUCUACGCAGUCUCAAUUUAUUAACAAAAACAUUCUGUCUUCACUCAGUUUUGAAAAUAUUAAGUCAUCAGUUGAUAAAUUUAACAAUGUAUCAGUGAUUGAAAAGUUGAUAGACAAUUUGUUUUGCUUUUACUUUUGAAUUUAUUUCUUAUUCAUCCUGGUUCUAACAUUGACCAGUAAUACGGUGUGUAUUUCUGUCCAUUUCUCGUAAGAUGAUAUGAAGUGAUGAGCACCUCCUUGUUACAGUGUGAGGUUGGGAACUCUUGUGGUGCAUCAGAAAUCUGAACCAGUUUCUUAUCACCAUUAUGGUGGUCCACUUCAUCAAUGGUUUUCUUUUCCCAGAUGGUCAGGGAAAAUAAGACAGACUGUGCUUCUUGUGCCCAACGUAACAUUUUGUUUUCAUUUGUAAACAGUGUAAAAUAUCUCUAAUACAAUUUUAUGUCAUUGACAAUAAUGAUUAAAACAAAUUGAGAACA